AUGCCCUCUCUUCUCUCUUUCCGUUCAUGCUCUCAACCACGCCCCUCGUUUCUAUCCUAUGUCACCGCCCCUUCUGCCGUUCUUCUUGCGGCUCUGCGUUUCUCUUUGCCCUGGCUUCCCAGCCUUGCUGUUACCUCUGAGUGCUUCUGUCUCUCUCUUCCCGUUCCUCUCUUGCACCUCCACGACUUAUUUUUCCACCGGAGAUCUCGACUUUUUGAAUCCUGCCCGAAGAAUGUCAACGAAAGGGCGUCUCCACAUGACAACCUCGUUCGAAACAUCGUCUUUUUGGGAGCCUCGUUUUCACUCACGCCUCCGUUCCUUCCCGUGUGUCUGCUCGUUUCCCUUGUGUCUUUUCAUUUCUUCUUCUCCUUGCAGCCUGUUUCCUCGUUUCUGCAGCUCUGCGCUUCGCAGUUCUUUCCCACCCGGCUUCUUUCCUCCCACAGCUUCUGCACCUUUCGCUUCACCCACAGCCAGAGCAACUGA